AUGCCACUGACAGCUCUUCACACCGAAUACACAAUGACGGUUUUCCUGCAUCAGAGCUGGCGGGAUGACCGGCUGUCCUACAACCACACCAAUGAGACUCUGGGCCUGGACAGUCGCUUUGUGGACAAGCUCUGGCUGCCGGACACCUUCAUCGUCAAUGCAAAGUCGGCCUGGUUUCAUGACGUCACCGUGGAGAACAAGCUCAUCCGAUUGCAGCCGGACGGGGUCAUCCUGUAUAGCAUCAGGAUUACCUCGACAGUGGCCUGCGACAUGGACCUUACGAAAUAUCCCAUGGAUGAUCAGGAGUGCAUGCUCGAUUUGGAGAGCUAUGGCUAUGCCUCCGAGGAUAUUGUCUACCGCUGGUCCGAAAACCAGGAUCAGAUCCAUGGGUUGGAUAAGCUGCAGCUCGCUCAGUUCACCAUCACCAGUUACCGCUUCACAACAGAAGUCAUGAACUUCAAAUCUGCUGGCCAGUUUCCCCGGCUGAGCCUCCACUUCCACUUGAGGAGGAAUCGAGGGGUCUACAUCAUCCAGUCCUAUGUGCCUUCCAUCCUCCUGGUUGCAAUGUCUUGGGUUUCUUUCUGGAUCAGCCAGUCUGCGGUGCCUGCCCGCGUUUCGUUAGGUAUAACAACUGUUCUGACCAUGACCACCCUGAUGGUGAGUGCCCGGUCUUCGCUCCCAAGAGCGUCCGCCAUCAAAGCCUUGGACGUGUACUUCUGGAUCUGCUACGUCUUUGUCUUUGCUGCACUGGUGGAAUAUGCAUUUGCCCACUUCAAUGCAGACUACAUGAAAAAGCAAAAAGACAAGCUAAAGAGCAGCCGACAGAUGGAAGAGGUGAACGUGAAGAAUGCCAUUGUGAUGUUUUCCCUUUCAAUCGCCGGCGUGAACCAGGAGCUGGCGGUUUCCAACCGGCAACGCAGAGUCCCCAAAAACCUUCCCGGCUCCACCGAAGUCGAAACAGGGGAGAUUAAAAAGCCACAGGAGGCUAAACCGGAGAAGAAAACGGGCCUGAAAUCCCUCUUCAAGCCCAUUGACGCAGACACCAUUGAUAUCUAUGCCCGGGCGGUGUUCCCGGCAGCCUUUGCCGCCGUCAACGUCAUUUACUGGGUGGCUUAUACGAUGUGACGGAAAAGAGAACGGAAGCCAGUUGUAUUAACGGGGAAUAUCCCAGGCGCAGCAGAACCUUGCAUGGUGGGAUCCAGCUUUGGUCCACUUUUUCAGAGACUUCC